AUGUUUGCCACCGUAAUCGAAAAAAUUCUUCUUUUUCAGGUACUAUCCCUCGGCGCCCUUUUGUCGGCUGUCAACGCCGGUCUCUACCCUGGAUACGGUCAUGCAGUCUCCUCUCAGAGUAUCAUCAGACAUGACGCUGGCUAUCCUGCCUUAAGCCACGCUGCGCCCUACGCCGGGUACUAUGGUGCCGCUCCUGCUUACUACGGUGGACAACAUGAAUAUACUUAUCCGAAAUACAACUUCGCAUACUCGGUGGCGGACCCCCACACUGGUGACAACAAGUCGCAGCACGAGAGCCGCGACGGCGACGCCGUACACGGCCAGUACUCGCUGGUGCAGCCUGAUGGCUCCGUGCGCACUGUUGACUAUAGCGCUGACGCACAUAACGGUUUCAACGCUGUUGUCCAUAACUCAGCUCCCCUAGUGCACGCUGCUCCUGCAUAUUAUCAUUACUGAGAAGUUUUCAUCUGAAGGAUACCAGUUAAUUUAUUAAACAUU